CAGCGCGAGACUCCACUCCACUCCAGUACAGUGCACUGACUCCCGCUCCCUCCCUCUCUCGCGCGCCGCCGCCGCCGCCGGCGAGAGCGCCGCCUAGGCUAGGGCCCGGCCGGGGAGAGCGGUGGGGGGCGUACCGCCGGGUUGGGUGCGAGCGGCGGGAUCCCGGCUGAGAAGCGGCCGCGCAUUCCCGCUCCGCGUCCCUGCGCGCGCGAUCUGAGUUCCAUCUGUUUCUGAAAAUGGCUGGCGAAAUUACGUGUGGAUCCUUGCUGCAGAAACUGCAGUUCAUAUGGGAUGAAGUUGGAGAGAGCGACGAGGACCGCGACAAGGUUCUGUACCAGUUAGAUCAAGAGUGCUUGGAUGUUUACAAGAGGAAAGUUGACCAGGCCACCAACUCCAGGGAUCUCCUUAUCCAGGCUCUGGAUGACUCGAAGAUUGAGCUGGCCAGACUUCUCUCUGCUCUAGGAGAAAAGGCCAUAGCAAGAACUCCUGAGAAGACAUCGGGGACAAUCAAGCAACAGCUAGCUGCUAUAGCGCCAACACUUGAGAAGUUGAACAAGCAGAAAAAUGAGAGAGUACGGGAAUUUGUUAAUGUUCAGUCACAAAUUGAUCAAAUAUGUGGGGAGAUUGCUGGCACUACGGAGGUAGGCGAGAAGGUGGCAACACCUCAAGUUAAUGAGGAUGAUUUGACACUCGAGAAGCUUGAAGAAUUUCGUUCACAACUACAGGAGCUUGAAAAAGAGAAGAGCAAUAGGUUGGAGAAGGUUCUGGAUUAUGUGAACAUGAUACAUGAUCUUUGCACUGUCUUAGGUAUGGAUUUUCUUAGCACAGUGACCGAAGUUCAUCCCAGUUUAGAUGACUCUAUUGGUGACAACUGCAAGAGCAUCAGCAAUGAUACACUGUCAAAACUAGACAAGACAGUAGCCACACUUAAUGAAGACAAAAAGUCGAGACUAAGCAAGCUUCAAGAGCUUGCUGGUCAACUCUAUGAUCUUUGGGAUCUGAUGGAUGCUCCCAUGCAAGAAAGGAGCAUGUUUGAUCACGUCACCUGCAACAGAUCAGCCUCUGUAGAUGAAGUCACUGCACCUGGAGCUCUUGCCCUGGAUCUAAUUGAACAAGCUGAGGUAGAGGUUCAAAGGCUAGACCAGCUAAAAUACAGCAAGAUGAAAGAAAUAGCUUUCAAGAAGCAAACUGAGUUGGAAGACAUCUACGCUGGUGCUCACAUAGUAAUAGAUACAGCUGCUGCCCAUGAAAAAAUAUUGGCGCUGAUUGAGGCAGGGAACAUAGAACCAUCAGAACUGAUUGCAGAUAUGGAUAGUCAGAUAUCAAAAGCAAAGGAAGAAGCAUUGAGCAGAAAAGAAAUAUUAGACAAAGUUGAAAGAUGGAUGUCUGCUUGUGAAGAAGAAAGCUGGCUUGAAGAUUACAACAGGGAUGACAACAGAUAUAACUCAAGCCGUGGUGCCCAUCUGAAUCUCAAACGUGCUGAAAAAGCCCGUAUUCUUGUCAACAAGAUUCCAGCACUUGUUGAAACUCUGGUGGCGAAGACCAGGGCAUGGGAGGAGAGUCGCGGUCUGUCCUUUAUGUAUGAUGGUGUACCUCUUCUAGCUAUGUUGGAUGAAUAUGUCAUGCUCAGGCAGGAAAGGGAGGAAGAUAAGAAAAGAAUGAGGGAACAAAAGCGCUACGUCGAGCAGCAGCUGAACACCGAUCACGAAGGGCCAUUUGGUUCACGUGUGAGCCCCAACAGACCAGCCAGUGCAAAGAAGGUACCCGGCGCAAAAUCAAACGGCAGUGCUAAUGGCACCCCUCCGAGUAGGAGACUGUCAGUCAGCGGCCACCAAAACGGGAGUCAUACUGCAAGAUCUGGAGGAAAGGAUGGCAAGAGGGAGGCUGCCAAGACAGCUUCUCCUGGGAAUGUGGCAGCAGCUGCUGCUAAGGAGGAUGCAUCCUCACACAUUUCUGGCACCGAUCCGGUUCCGAGUACACCGUGAUCUUUAACUUUCAUGGUAUAUUAGAUAAAAGAGAGAACAUUUUCUGAUGUUUCCAUUGAUUUGUGGCUAUAUAAUGUAUUGUGUUUGUAGCGAGGAGUAAUUAUAUAGCGUCCAUCCUUGAGCCAGCCAGGAUCUUUUGCUUCUGUGAGUAAAGUGGAGUUCCACUUUUGAUUAGUUCACUCAGCUGUACUAUUACCCUUCUCAUUCAGACUCCUGUAGUAUAGCCUUUUCCUGGUAUGUAUUAUUCGUUUAACCGGUUUGCUACCUGUACAAGUUCUUGGAAUGCCUUU